CACCGAUCUGGGAGGGGCCAGGCGCCGGAGCCAGUCAGAGGCAGCGAGGCCGGCUGCAGUGGUUGGACAAGAGGCGACGGGGGCUCGGUAGUCGACGAUGAUGUGCUGCUGCAGUGCUGGAGUGCUGCAGCUCGUGGUCAUGCUUCUUUGCUUCGUUUGCUGCCCUUUGCUUGGUCAAUUGCGGACAUUUAUGGCCGAUUGGACACCUCCGACGCUGCCCACGGAGACUCGGGGAGGGGAAGACCGCGGACCCGUUGCAGAUGGAGGGAGACCAGGCGAACGAACCACUGUUGCCACUGUCCCUCAGCAGGAUCUGCCUGGGAAACGAUAGCCAUCGGCUGAAGGGAAUGGUGAGCUAACAGGGCCAGCAGCUCUAUCGAUUUGGGUCAUCUCUAAACUAGGAAAAGCUGCCCGGCCUGUCCACCGUGGACCGUUGUCCAUCCCGCCUCAGUUCCGUGUCUCACCCGCCACAGGCAAGCCACGCUCCCCACGUGCUGCACCAGCCAC